AUGGCAUCCUCUUUGUAUCGUUUGAAAUUUGUGUACUUGCUUUUUUUCCUAUCAACGUUUCAUCUCGUAGCCACUCACUCGUUUUCCUAUCUGCAGUCUCUUUGCCAUGGUCACGAAAGGUUUUACUUGUUGAAAUUUAAGGAAAGCUUUGUUAUCAACAAGAAGAAGUCUAUUUCCAUUGAUCCAUCAGCUUAUCCCAAGUUUGCUUCCUGGACAUCAGAAGGAAACAACAGUGACUGCUACUCAUGGGGUGGGGUAGAGUGUGAUGAGUUCAAUGGCCAUGUCAUUGGUCUUGACCUCCGUAGCAGCUGUCUCCACGGUUCUAUUAACUCUAGCAGCAGUCUUUUCAACCUUGUUCAUCUCCAAAGGCUUAAUCUGGCUGACAAUCAUUUUAAGGACUCUCAAAUUCCAUCCACAGUUUCCAGUCUAUCCAAACUAACAUAUCUCAAUCUCUCCAAUUCUGUGUUUUCUAGUAAAAUCCCAUUAAAAUUUUCACAAUUUUCCCAAAUGUCAUCCCUUGAUCUGUCUUUGAACCAUUUGGAAAUCAAGAAGCCAAGUCUAGGACAUCUAGUUGAAAAUUUAACCCGCCUAGAAAAGCCUGAUUUGAGUUGGGUCCACAUUCCAUCUUCACUUGGUAACCUCCAUCUAAAUAUUCUGGAUCUUUCGUAUAACACUUUCAAGGGCAACAUUCCAUCUUCCUUUGGAAAACUCAUCCAACUUUCUUCUCUAAACCUAGCCCAAAAUGAACUAACUGGUAGAAUCCCUUUUGAACUUGCAAACCUAACCCAGCUGACUGCCCUUUUUCUAUAUCAAAAUUUCAUCAGUGGCCAAAUCCCUUUUAGACUUGUGAGCCUCACAAAAUUAUCUGUCUUGCACCUUGCAGGCAACCGCCUUGCAGACCAGAUUCCAAGCUCAAUCUUUAACCUUAAGAAUCUUGAAUUUCUUGAUCUUUCCUUGAACAACUUUACUGGCAAAGUGGAGUUUGACAAGUUUGGUAAGCUCAAAAAACUAACUUCCUUGCAUCUAUCUGAUUGUGGAGUAUCAUUAAUUAUAAGUGAAACUAGUGCCAAUACAACCCUUCAAAAGUUCCAAACUUUAGGAUUCUAUUUGUGCGACUUGAGCAAGUUUCCCGACUUCCUAGCAAACCAAGAUGAACUAGUAUGGCUAGACCUAGGCACCAACAACAUUCAUGGUCAAGUACCGGAAUGGUUUUGGAACAUGAUUAAAGAAAAUUUAGAGGUUAUCGACAUUUCUGAAAACUUUCUUACAAGCCUCGGUCAACAUCCAAUUCUUCUUCCUUGGACCCGUCUAAUCAUUUUAUACCUUACCUUUACCAAACUCCAAGGAUCACUUCCAAUUCCAUCCUUUUCCACAUUGGAAUAUCUUGUGUCAAAAAAUUCGUUCACUGAAAAAAUUCCAGAGUUGAUUUGUAACAAGAGUUCUCCUCAGGUCCUUGAUUUGUCAAAUAACAACUUAAGUGGUUCACUUCCUCAAUGCUUGCACAACUUUGGUGAUUCUCUACUCAUUUUGGAUUUACGAAGGAACGCAUUCGAAGGAAGCAUCCCACAAACUUGGACAAAUGGAAGCAAAUUAAUGAUAAUUAACUUCAGCCAAAACAAGUUUCAAGGUUGGUUACCAAGAUCUUUGGCCAGUGUAUAA